ACUAGAGAUGGAUGAUUGCAAUUUGUCAAAAAUAUUUCUCUGCCAAUGACGUUUCUUCGGCAUUUCGUGAGCUUGAUUUAUUAUUGAAAUCAAAUAUAUUUUAUCAAUCAUAAUGAGUGUUAAUAAUGGCGAGGAAGAAACUCCGACAUCGAGAAAAGCCGAUGAAUUAGAAAGUCCACGGAAACGUAUACGGCUUGGUAAUUCGUCUCUGAAGAGGUGGAGUUUGAUGGACACAAAAACGGAUGAGAAGGUGCUGCAUGAAAUGGGGGUCAGUUUAUUGGAGCCCGAUGACCAUGAACACUGUGAGCUCGCAUUCACCUCCACCGGCUCUCACCACAAAACAUUGAAGAGGAAACAGAACAUAGAGAAUGUGAACCCGAACGUGAUCAGCUCCCCGCGGGCGCGGCGCAGCCCCAAGAGCCCCAGGACCAGGGCCAGGGCCAGCCCCUGCAGCCCCACGCCCGGCCCCUCUAAACUGCCGUACAACGAGUUGAACUCAUCAUUCUCCGAAGAGUGCCUCCACGAGGAGGAGACUCCUCUCAGACAAUAUGUCGCGGAGAAAUACUGCGGCAAGACGCAUGGAGCCCGUGCCAGCGUUACUGGAGGCAAGGAGAGGCGGAACAGUUGCAACUCCGUUACACAAGAGGAGGAAAUCGUGUACAACGUGGCCGAGUCGCCAGCGGACGGCGACUCGUUCGCGUCGCUCUCGGCCGAGAUGAUGCUGAGUAUAUUCCGAUGGCUGCCGAAGGUCACACUCGCUCAAGUCAUGUUGGUCUGUAAGCGAUGGUACAGAAUAGCGUGCGACGAGACGCUGUGGCAGCGAUUAGACUUAGGGAAUAAGACGCUAACUAAAAACGCAUUAGGGAGAAUACUGGCGAGGAAUCCCACGAUAGUCCGGCUGGCUAACUCUGAGCAGAUAGGGGAGUGGCGGCCGGCCGGCGCCUCAGCGGCCGCGCGCGUGCAGUAUCUCGACCUCAGCGUCAGCGCCGUCGGCGUCCGCACUCUGGACCACCUCCUGGCCCGGUGUCCGGCCUUGAAGAAACUCAGCUUGGAAAGUGUUAACAUCGCCACGACCACGUGUUUUUUAAUCGGAAAAUGCAAAAACUUGGAGACGUUAAACUUGACUAUGGCACAGGGGAUCACAGCCGAGGGAUUAACCGCCAUAUUAGAAGGAUGCCAGAACCUGGUGUCGCUGAACAUAUCCUGGUGCGAGCUGUCGGCCGCGGCGCUGCAGUCGCUGGUGGCGUCGCUGCCGCCGCGGCUGCAGCGCCUCAACGCCGCCGGCGCCAGGGGCUUGACCGACGACAUGGUGGGCCAGCUGGUGGCCCGCUGUCCGCGGCUGCUGGAGCUCGAUCUGUCCGACUGCUCACAGCUCAAGGAGGAGGCCUUGCUCAGGAUACAGACUUUAUCACGAUUAGAGCACCUCGCUCUCAGCCGCUGUUACUUACUGCCUCCACAAGCUUUAACCAAGCUGAGCUGCAUGCCGGCGCUGCAGUUCGCGGAGCUGUGGGGUCUGCUGCCCGCGCGGUCGCUGGCUGCGUUGCGCGCCGCGCUGCCCGCUGUGCUCGUCAACCAGUUCAUGUUCAGCGCAAUAGCGCGGCCGACUGUAGGAGCGAAGAGAACGUCCAUAUGGGGACUGAGGACUAGAGACUGAUAGCUUUAGUUAGCCGCGCCUUGCGACCAAUCGCUGCGAUUAUCUGCAAUGUGAUGCGAUAUUUAAUAGUCGUAAUAAGUUCGUGAAAGCCGCGUCUUGCGACCAAUCGCUGCGAUUAUCUGCAAUGUGAUGCGAUAUUUAAUAGUCGUAAUAGGUUCGUGAAAGCCGCGUCUUGCGACCAAUCGCUGCGAUUAUCUGCAAUGUGAUGCGAUUUUUAAUAGUCGUAAUAAGUUCGUGAAAGCCGCGUCUUGCGACCAAUCGCUGCGAUUAUCUGCAAUGUGAUGCGAUAUUUAAUAGUCGUAAUAGGUUCGUGAAAGCCGCGCCUUGCGACUAAUCGCUGCGAUUAUCUGCAAUGUGAUGCGAUAUUAAAUAGUCGUAAUAAGUUAGUGAAAUCCGCGACUUGCGACCAAUCGCUGCGAUUAUCUGAAAUGUGAUGCGACAUUUAAUAGUCGUAAUAAGUUCGUGAAAGCCGCGUCUUGCGAACAAUCGCUGCGAUUAUCUAUCAUAAGUUAUUUAUUUAAAUUACUACACACACUCUAUUGAGACAUAAUAAUUUAAAAUAAAUAUUUUAGGAAGUAGUUUUCAUUUAUAUUUUCACCUUGCGACAAAUUCUACGAUUAAUCGCAGCGUUUAGUCGCAAGUCUGUGCUGGGUAUGUUGUUAUGAAGAAAGUAUAUGCUCUUUGCACAUGUUUAUUUAUAGUAUGACUGUUUCUAUGUGAUAGUAUAACGUUUAAACUAUUUUAGGAGCGAAAAAAUUUACUUGGACGGUGUAUGUCGAAGUCGAAUAAUUUAUCGCUAGCUUUUGCCCGCGACUGCGCCCCGUGUACUUCUCUGCGAUAGCGGAACAGACAUUAAUUUCAUACAAAGUUUCACCCCCCCCCCCCCAUAAUAGUCAUUUGGGGAUUGAAUUUUUUGAAAAAAGAAGUAGCCUAUAUUUGAACGGGCUUCUUUAACUGUGUGCAUAACAUGUUUCAUCAAAACAGGUCCAGCGAUUUAGCCGUGAAAUCGAAACGGACAGACUUUCAUAUUUUUAAUAUUAGUAUGGAUUAGAUCUCCACAUGCACUUUUUCACGUGUGAAAUUUUCAAUUAUACAAGAUCACUGGUAUCUGACGCAUAACCUUCCAAAGGCGCAUGAGGUACAUAGAGACUGACAUCUUUUGUUCUACGACUUUUGUCUAAACGUAAUAAAUAAAAAAAAAACAUUUUUUUAGUUUCAAUGUCGUUUCUAUAAACCGUUAACUCUAUGUUCGACUCCGCUACAUAACGCUGCUGCGCUGUCUCGUGUCGCUCGGCUGUUGCAUGCAGUUAACGUGUGUACAAUCGAUAAUCAGAUUGUAUUUUUUUAUAUGAAAAAUAAAAGCUACGAAUCACGAAAAGUCGUAGAAUAAAAGUUGCUUGUUUCGAUGUACCCGAGUAGUCUUUGGAAGGUUUUCAGUUUGAUACCAGCAACCCUGUACAGUGUUUCUGAAACUACUAGUAUUUUGCGAACGAAGUCAUUAAGGUAAUUUUUUAAACACUACACAAAUUUUAUGAGC